GCGUCCUGUGUGCAGAAGCCAUCACUUCAAUAUAUUGCACCAGUUCAGCAGUGCAGCUGAAACAAAGAACAGGCCUGGUGCCUAGUAUCGCUUGAUGGUUGCGUUAGGUUAGGUUAAGAUUUGCUAAUCGCGUUAUAUCUUGUCACAUCACGCCACAAUUUUCCUAUGAUACAUCUUACGAUGGCGAUGAACGUUAAAUUGCUGCCGAUUUUGCGGCAGCGUAACACGAUCGCGCGUACUUUUUGCAAAAGUCGGCCUGUCAAUCAUCAGGUAUUGCCGGCUCACAUUAAACCACAACUAGUACGAACAGAAUACUUUGCUGAAAAAUCAAAGUUAUUGAGAAAUAUACGCGGACGUCGAUUUCAUCCCGCGGUGAUGUCGGUGAGAUUUUUUGCAAAAGCUUUCAAUCGAAAUCCACCAAGUGAUGGAGAUGGAGAUCAACCAGCAGAUUAUCCUGCUUCCUUGCCUGCAACUGUAGUAGUACCUGAAGUAUGGCCUAAUGUACCAGUCAUUGCUAUUAAUAGGAAUCCAGUAUUUCCCAGAUUCAUCAAACUUAUUGAGCUUACAAAUCCAAUUCUGAUAGAUCUGAUACGUAGAAAGAUCAAACUUAACCAACCUUACGUAGGAGUUUUUUUGAAAAAAUCUGAAGAAAACGAAGCUGAAAUUGUUCAAAAUUUGGAUGAAAUUUAUCCUAUUGGGACUUUUGCACAAGUACACGAGGUACAGGAUUUAGGCAAUCGAAUGAGAUUGGUAGUUAUGGCACAUAGAAGAAUUAAGAUUGUUAAACAGAUAUUUGAAGAUGGCAACACAAAAUCAGGACAGAAUAAGGAAGAGAUGAAACUGACGUUUCCACUAUUAAAUACAACAAUUACCGUUCCUGUAGACGACACAAUUGCAACUAGCAAGAUGAGCCGAAGAUCAUUGCGUAAAAAGGUAGAUAAUAAAUUUGUAGAACAAAUUGAAAAGACCAGUGAAACGGAUCCAAUGGAAAUAAAACAAUCAGUGGAUUCACCAGAAAAGAGUACGAAGAAACCAUUAGAUCCAUCAGGCAAUCAACCUAUAUUAUUGGUAGAAACUGUAAAUGUUACACAUGAAAAGUUUAAGCAGACUGAAGAAAUCAAGGCUCUGACACAGGAACUCAUUAAGACGAUACGAGACAUAAUCAGCAUGAAUCCUUUAUAUCGCGAAUCUCUGCAACAAAUGUUGCAUCAAGGACAAAGAGUCGUGGAUAAUCCAGUUUAUCUUAGUGAUUUAGGCGCUGCCUUAACCGGAGCGGAUGCGCAAGAAUUGCAGCAAGUCCUGGAAGAAAUGGAUAUUAUAAAAAGAUUAAGAUUGUCACUCGCGCUUCUGAAGAAGGAAUACGAGUUAAGCAAACUACAGCAGAAAAUUGGCAGAGAGGUUGAAGAGAAGGUGAAGCAACAACAUAGGAAAUAUAUCCUUCACGAACAGCUAAAAGUUAUCAAGAAAGAGCUAGGGUUGGAAAAAGAUGACAAAGAUGCGAUAGAAGAAAAAUAUCGGGAAAGGAUAAAACAGAAAGUAGUUCCUAAACCAGUGAUGGAUGUCUUAGAAGAAGAAUUGAACAAACUGUCCUUCUUAGAAAAUCACAGCAGUGAGUUCAAUGUUACAAGAAAUUAUCUGGAUUGGCUUACAUCCAUGCCGUGGGGUGUGACGAGCACAGAGAAUUUAAAUCUUCAGGAAACCACCGAAAUUUUAGAUCAGGAUCACUAUGGAAUGGAAGACAUAAAGAAAAGGAUUCUCGAAUUUAUUGCUGUCAGCCAGUUGAAGGGUACUACACAGGGCAAGAUAUUAUGUUUUUACGGGCCUCCUGGCGUAGGCAAAACCUCUAUAGCUAAAUCAAUCUCGCGUGCUUUGAACAGAGAGUAUUUUAGAUUUAGCGUUGGCGGCAUGAUGGACGUAGCGGAGAUUAAGGGGCACAGACGAACGUACGUGGGUGCCAUGCCAGGCAAAGUCAUUCAGUGCCUAAAGAAAACCAAAACUGAAAAUCCGUUGAUACUUAUAGAUGAAGUAGACAAGAUUGGCAAAGGAGGCUAUCAAGGCGAUCCAGCGUCUGCUCUUCUUGAAAUGCUUGAUCCAGAGCAAAAUGCAAACUUCUUGGAUCACUAUUUAGACGUUCCAGUAGAUUUAUCAAAGGUUCUAUUUAUUUGCACGGCUAAUGUCACGCAUACUAUUCCGGAACCUCUGAGGGAUCGUAUGGAGAUGGUAGAAAUGUCGGGUUAUGUAGCCGAGGAGAAACUGGCCAUUGCGAAACAGUACUUGAUUCCGCAAGCUAAAACAGAAUCUGGUCUUAGUAAUGAGCAAAUUACCAUAGACGACAGCGCACUCACAGUGUUGAUCAAAUCUUACUGUCGCGAAUCGGGAGUGAGAAAUUUGCAGAAGCAUAUUGAAAAGGUACAUAGAAAAGUGGCACUCAAAAUCGUCAAAAAGGAAGUCGAGAGGAUUACCGUCGUCGCGAGCAAUCUCCAUGACUUUGUAGGCAAGCCCGUAUUCACGCACGACCGAAUGUACGACAUCACGCCGCCCGGAGUAGUAAUGGGACUGGCAUGGUCCGCCAUGGGCGGUUCCACCCUAUUCAUUGAGACUAGCAUCAAGAAACCAACGGGUGGCAAGAAAUUCGAAGGGUCCUUCGAAGUCACCGGUCAUCUGGGCGACGUGAUGAAGGAGUCUAUACGCAUCGCGAUGACUGUGGCAAGAAAUUACAUGACACGUGUGGAUCCUGCGAAUACAUUUCUCUACGAUUCUCACAUACACAUACAUGUGCCCGAAGGUGCUAUUCCGAAGGACGGGCCAAGCGCGGGCGUGACGAUCGUCACAGCGUUGCUCUCUCUCGCGAAGGAUCAAGCUAUCAGACAAGACGUGGCGAUGACGGGUGAAGUGAGCCUUAUCGGCAAGGUUCUUCCUGUUGGUGGUAUUAAGGAGAAAACUAUCGCGGCAAAACGAGUUGGCGUUAAAUGUAUAAUUUUACCUGAGGAAAACAAAAAAGACUUCGACGAUUUGCCGAACUAUAUCAAAGAUGGAUUGGAAGUGCAUUUUGCUUCAACAAUCGACGAUGUUUAUCGUAUAUGUUUUACACAGACCAACGAGACCAAUUCCUUUCAAUCUGAUAAACCGUUCAACGCACAAAUUUCACCGACACCGGCAUUUGGAUAAAUCUAAGUAGCAUUUGGAGGGAUACAUCAUUCAGAUAAAAUAUUCUAUUUUAAUAUUUUGCUUACUGAGUAAAACGAUAGUACGAUAGUUGAGAAUACAAUGUAUAUAUUGGUUAAUGUUCACACAAAAUUAAGAAAAACAUGGAAAUAUUACUAUUUGAAAUACAUUUUAUUUUAAUUGGC